AUGAGUUCAAAUUUGAAACGUGGCCCCCUUGAUAGUUUCUUUUCCCCCAGACAAAAAAAAAGUAAUUCUAAUGUUGAUAUUGCUGUAGCUGGUCCAUCAGUUGUGCCAUACAACGAGAAAAAUAAUGAUAUCGAAGAUAAUAAUGAUCGGGUGGUUGGAUGUGAUCCAAAAAUUACGGAAAUACAUAAAAGUUGGCCCAUGUUAUGGACUAAUGAACAAGUAACUGAAUUUCAGAAGAAAAAUCCAUGGAUAGAUUGUAAAGAUGGGAAAUUAGGUUGUAGUACUUGCAUACAGGUAAAAAAUAGUAUUCAAUUACAAAAAUCCAUUGCUGAUGGUAAACUUCGAAUGUCACGUGAAUGGAUGGACUUUGAAAUAGUGGCUGCUGGAAGUAAUCGUACGAAUCAGCUGUCUUCUUUAAGAAGUAAAAUUAAACAGCAUUCAGAAAGUAAAUCUCAUUUAUUAGCUGAAAACGUCUUAAAGAAAGGCUCUGAACAGGUUUUGGAUAGAAUGUUUGACCAUAUGUCCGAAACUGUGAUUAACAGUAAUAUGAGAAUUUUUCAAACUGCAUAUUGCUUAGCAAAGCAUCAUCGUCCAUUUUUACAGUUUGAAGAACUUAUUGAACUGCAGAAAAUUAAUGGAUUAAACAUGGGAUCUUCCUUGCACAGUCGAAUAACUGCCACUCGAAUAAUUAACGUUAUCGCAAAAGAAAUGCGCCAACGGCUAAUCACACGUCUUAUAGAGUCAAACUCAAAAUUCACUAUAAUGAUUGACGAAUCGACUACACUGAGCACAAAGUGUACACUUAUUUUAUAUAUUUUAUCAAACUUCGAUUCAGAGAUUCCUAUUGUAGUAUUUUUGGACUUAAUAGAGCUGGAUGGGCAAGACGCUGUAAAUAUUGAGAAAGCCUUGUGGUUGAGCUUAGAAAAAAUUGGAAUUUCUAAGUCUUUUGCAUUGAAGAAUUGGAUUGCAUUUGCAAGUGAUGGAGCUAGUGUAAUGACAGGCACGAAAUCUGGAGUAGCUGCUAAACUUUGUGAGAAGAUACCGCUACUAUUUACGUGGCAUUGUUUAUGUCAUCGCCUUGAACUUUCAGUGCAUGAUGUCAUAAAAGAUGUGCAAGGUGUUUCUCGUUUUCAAAGUUUAAUGGAUAAACUUUACUCUUAUUAUCACCAAAGUCCUAAAAAUUCUAGGGCCUUAGACGAAGCUUGUUUGGAGGUUGGAAUUGAAAUGAAAAAAAUUGGUCGUAUUUUAAACGUGCGUUGGUCUGCCAGUAGUUUUCGUACGAUUAAAGCCGUGUGGGAAAAUUAUCCAGGGAUACAUAAGCACGUGAGUCAAACUCUUGAAACUGGAUUUAAAAAAAAAUUAGAAUCUUCUUCUUUCCUAGAGGAGCUUGGACUCUUUUAUGAUGUCCUUUUUGAACUCGGAAUGCUGUCUUGUAUACUUCAAUCAAGGAAAACAACAUUAAUGCGCGCUCAAUCAGAAAUGUGUAGAACAAUUAGAAUUCUAGAAAGCCUGAAGACAGAACCUGGUGAAAAAGAAAAAGAAAUCAUAGAAGCUAUACAAAAACGAAUUCAUAAAGGCAUAAAUAUUACAAUCACAAAGUCUGGAGGAAUCAACAGAUUGCAAUUCUUGCAAAAUAUAGUCGAUAGAAUGCGUCAGCGCUUAUUCAAUGACUAUAAAAAUACAACAAUAUUACAAGAUCUAAAGGUUAUUGGAGAAGUCUUUAAAAUAGAAACCGAUGAUGAUAGAGGAGAAGAAGAAGUUAAAAGAGUGUCACGCAAAUUUGGUCUAUCUGAAUUUGAAAGUUUAGUAAACUUUCGUUCACGAAAUGCGUCUUCUGAUCUUAUAAAAACACUAAACAUACUUCCAACAACAACUUCCGAAUGUGAACGAGGAUUUUCUGAUAUGAAUCUCACCAUAACUGAUCUUAGAACUCGUUUAACAAUUGAAAAUGUGUCAGAUUUAAUGUUUAUCUCCAUCAAUGGCCCCCCAGUUGAAGACUUCAAUCCACGACCAUACGUAAAAAUUUGGCUGCGAAACCACAGAUCAGCAGAUUCAGCUCCACGUGGUAAAGAACAAAAAAAAACCGUCGACGAAGAAGAUAACCUGUGGGUGUCUGAGGUUAACCAACAGAGUUCCGCUGAGUACCACAAAUGCGGCUUCCCGGUGACAAGCACUAGGGAACAGCAACUUGUAUGGGGUAAACCGUCAGCCUACCCGGUGCCGGGGGAUUACCAUGGAAAAACUCGGCCCUCAGUUGUAGACUUGAGUGCCAAACAACUGGACGGUGUUGCUGCUUGGUCAGCGGACAGGAAAAAACCAACAGACCAAUAA